AUGCACAACAGGACCGCUUCCGCUCUUAUCACCCUUUUCGGCGCCGUCACAAACAGCGCACUCACCAUCCAGGUCCUCGCUGUAUGGCCCUCUCUCAAGUGGGAGCCAGAGAGCGAGUGGGAGCUCUCGGGCGAUAAAUGGCAGCUUACUGGUCUCAAGUUCAUCUGGGCCCUUCUCUGCUUGUAUUUCGCCUCAGCAGCAGCCGUUUGCUCUGUUGGUUUCCACGGUGUUCUCAAGCAUAAACCCUCGCAUGUUCGAUUCUACCGCGACUACUCCAUCGCUGACUUUUCCUUCUGUGCUUUCUUUGCUGCCCUCGCUACAUACGGUGCAUUCCUAGGCCCGGCUCGUGCAGGCGUUUGCGAAGAAUUUUCUCACCACCCAGAGCUCAUGCGCGAUAUGCUCGAGAUUGGUCUCAGCCUCGAGAACUGCGAGCUGUGGAUUGAGCGAGCAGUUUAUGCCGGUCUUGCUGUCAUCUUUGUAGUCAUGAUCAUCCGCGUGAGUUUUCUUCUCUUCAUUUGGCUAUGA